CGCCGAGCGUGACUGCACUUGUGGUGGACUUCCAGAGCUCCGCGGCGCUGCGGGCUGUCUUCGCUGGAUACGGGAGGGCGGAAGUGCAGCAGGCUUCGACUCCGACCUCCGCGCAGGUGCUUUCUGCGGCUGCGCGGGACAGCGGGACUCCAGUCUGGUGCAUCUCUGCGGGACAGUGUGUGGCGCUCUCCGCCGCCGCCCAGCCAGAGCCCGCGACCCGUGCGUCCUCACCGGUGCAGGAAGGCGGAGGAGAAGCCUGAGCUUCUGGUAGGUUUGGCUUUGGCUGGAAAAGAAUUCAGCCUAUAUGUACUGCUUUAACCACUGGAAGAAUGACAGAUGACAAAGAUGUGCUUCGAGAUGUGUGGUUUGGACGAAUUCCAACUUGCUUCACCCUCUGUCAGGAUGAGAUAACUGAACGGGAGGCAGAACCAUAUUAUUUGCUUUUGCCAAGAGUAAGUUAUUUGACGUUGGUAACUGACAAAGUGAAAAAGCACUUUCAGAAGGUUAUGAGACAAGAAGACAUUAGUGAGAUAUGGUUUGAAUAUGAAGGCACACCACUGAAAUGGCAUUAUCCAAUUGGUUUGCUCUUUGAUCUUCUUGCAUCAAGUUCAGCUCUUCCUUGGAACAUCACAGUACAUUUUAAGAGUUUUCCAGAAAAGGACCUUCUGCACUGUCCAUCUAAGGAUGUAAUUGAAGCUCAUUUUAUGUCUUGUGUGAAAGAAGCAGAUGCUUUAAAGCACAAAAGUCAAGUAAUUAAUGAAAUGCAGAAAAAAGAUCACAAGCAACUCUGGAUGGGUUUACAAAAUGACAGAUUUGACCAGUUUUGGGCCAUCAAUCGGAAACUCAUGGAAUAUCCUGCAGAGGAAAAUGGAUUUCGUUACAUCCCUUUUAGAAUAUACCAGACAACAACUGAACGGCCUUUCAUUCAGAAGCUUUUUCGUCCUGUGGCUACAGAUGGACAAUUGCAUACACUAGGAGAUCUCCUCAAAGAAGUCUGUCCUUCUGUGGUUGCUCCUGAAGAUGGGGAUAAAAAGAAUCAAGUGAUGAUUCAUGGAAUUGAACCAAUGUUGGAAACACCUUUGCAGUGGCUGAGUGAACAUCUGAGCUACCCGGAUAAUUUUCUUCAUAUUAGUAUCAUCCCGCAACCAACAGAUUGAAGGAUCAACCAUUUGCUUGAACGGAAUCACCCUUAAACAGGAUUUACCAGAGCAUGUCACCUUUCUGCUUCAGUCAGGUUUGGUGGAGGCAGCCUGACCAGAAACACUGCUACAAGCCAAACAGGAAAAAGAUUCCAUGUCAGAUAAGGGCACUUGGGCUGGUCUUACUUUGCAUCACCACUGCUUUCCUCGCUGCCGUCAUUGAACCUCAGCUGUGACAUGAAAGACUUUACAGGACCACUGCAAGUCUUCUGUUUUCUUGUAAAAUAUAAUGAAGCUGAAGCCUUUGGCCUAAGAAGAAAAUGGAAAUAUGUGCCACUCAAUUUGUAUUUCUGAUUAACAAAUAAACAGGGGUAUUUCCUAAGGUGACCAUGGUUGAACUUUAGCUCGAGGGAGUGGAAACAUUGGUUUAAUUUUCAAGAGAAUUAGACUUAAGAAAGUAAAAGAGAAAUUCUGUUAUCAAUAACUUUCAGUAAUUUUUUGUAAAAGAUCAAAUUACAGUAAACCCAUCUUUCCUUAAUGAAAAUUUCCUAUGUUUACAGUCUGUCUAUUGGUAUGCAAUCUUGUAACUUUGAUAAUGAACAGUGAGAGAUUUUUAAAUAAAGCCUCUAAAUAUGUUUUGUCAUUUAAUAAC